AUGCUUCUCCGCCUCGGCUACGAUUUCAACGCCGGCAUUACCAAUUCUUUCCCCGGAGAAGAGAGGAUUGCCUCUGACGAGGAGAUGGCGGGGAUGGCUCGGGUCGUCAAAGACCUGGCGUUGUCGAGGAAGGGGCAUUUGGAAACUUACUUUGCGGAGUUUGCGGAACAUGCUCGAGCUGUCGAGAAAAAGGCUGCCAGAGCUAUUCGCAAAGCUGAGAGGGAGAAAGAAGAAAAAGCGGAGAACAAGGAGAAAGUCAAACCGUACGGAUGGGAGAACUACCAGGACGAUGAGAUCUCUACGGAUUCGGGGUUCUCCGGUUAUUAG